AUGACUAAAGAUGAGGACAUCAAUAACGACGAGUGGCCGGAAAAGUGUGCUCAUAGGCCGGCUACGGUGAGAGCUGCCCUCCCCCGUAAUGGUGGCUCGGGCGUUGAAGUCUACGCAGUACAGUCGCUCCAGAAGCAGGUGCCCUAUUUGCCCUCCUGUAAGGAUCAGACAUGGAACAUCAUGAAGCUGCUUGAUGGCCGCACAGGUCGCUUAGCAGAUCUGGGAUCAGGAGAUGGGAGAGUGGUGUUUGCUGCCUCCUCUGCUGGCUUCAAGUGCACUGGCUUCGAAAUUAACUCCAUUCUUGUUGCGUAUGCCAGGGCAAAGGCCCGUUGGACCGCAUUGCCUUCCAGCCAGGCUAUCUUUGUUAAAAAAUACUUUUGGAAGACGGAUUUAUCACAGUACAACAACGUGACGGCUUUUCUUGCGACAGGAGUGAUGGAAGUGCUCGGAGAGAAGUUGCUGAAAGAGCUUCCUGACGAUGCACGAGUCAUCGCUUGCCGCUACCCUUUCCCCAGCUGGCCUCACCAGUCCACUCUCGGCUCAGGACUUAACCAAACGUGGGCCUAUGACAUUGGCACUGUGAGGUCCAGUCUGAGGCAAAAUGUCAAAUAAUGUAAGGAAGCAGGAGGUCACUCAAGUGACCCUCAGUUGUGCAAUGUUUUUUUUUUUUUCAUUAAUUAAGAUUAGGGUGAUUAUUUAAGGGCCUGAAUGUUUGGAGUAUAUCUGAAUGUCCUGCAUGAGUCAACCACCUUCAAUAAGACAAAUCAUUUCCUGCUCGCAUGUAAAUUUUAAUAUGUGAAAAAUUAGCAGGUUAGCUUUUUUUUUUUUUUUUUUUUUUAGUGUGGUUCUUUAACACAUCUCAUUUGUUUGUCCUAAUUACUUUGAAAUUAAAUAUGAAAAUACUGUAAUGGAUUUUUAAUGACUUUUCCGGUUAUAUCUUAGUGGACAUAACUAGUACUUGUUUGGAAUAAUGUAGAUAUAAUU